UUGAACGGAAGGAUAUGGUAUUAUCCGUCCAUCUGUCCACUACAUCUCACCCUUGUGUGCUCCAACUUUUCCCUUGAUCCUCAAAAUCAGCGCACCAUUGAGAGUUUCGUCGAAAAACGUGUGGGUACCACAUAUGGUCCUCCAGCCGGAAAAAAGAUGACCGUAUUCAUCGAUGAUAUCAAUAUGCCCAAAAUUAAUGAAUGGGGUGAUCAAAUAGCGAACGAGAUUGUUCGACAGACUAUGGAAAUGAAUGGAUUCUAUAGUUUGGAAAAACCAGGUGAUUUCACAAAUAUUGUUGACGUACAAUUCCUUGCUGCAAUGAAUCACCCCGGUGGAGGACGUAAUGACAUUCCGGAACGAUUGAAACGCCAAUUUUGCACAUUCAACUGCACAUUGCCCAGCGACAGUUCAAUCGACACAAUUUUCAGUGUGAUCGGACUGGGACACUAUUGUAAGGAACGUGGCUUCGAUCAGUCCGUGAUUGAUUUGGUCGCCAAAUUGGUCCCGCUCACUCGAAUCAUAUGGCAGCACACGAAAAAUCGUCUACUGCCUACCCCAGCCAAGUUUCACUACAUUUUCAACUUACGCGAUCUGAGUCGAAUCUGGCAAGGCAUGCUGAACUCAACCUCAGAGGUAAGUCUAUUCAGAUGUCAAUGA